UAUGAUUUUGAUUUGAGUUGCAGCAUAGCCUUUUAGAUCUAGACCAAAGAACUUGAACAGGAAGGCACUGGAUCAAGAUUUACUGAUUUUAUAGGUUAUGUCUGAAAUUAUUUUUUUGUCUGUAAAAUUUGAAUAAAAGUAAAUUAAGUCAGUAUAUGUCACAUUCAUCUCAAAUUUCCGACAAUGAAAUAUAUUUAAUCAACUAUUUCUAACUCUCGAAUAAAAUUUUCCAAAUUCAGUUAGUGUAGAGUAAAAACAUUGUAGUGCCUCGUUACUAGGUUUUGAAUGUUUUAUUAUAGAAAAUAAGACAUAAUAUUGCAUGAAAUUGUGCCAGUAAAUCGUAGAGAACAGACGAAUUUCUUCAUGUAAGUAGUUUUGAAUUUUAAAGCAAUUAUCUCUCAGGAAAUGCCUUGCAAUCCAGAUCAACCCGUAGACGAAUCUAUGAAUUGUGAGAACUCAAUGCAGUUAGACAAACCAACUGACAGUGUAGGGAAAGAAGAGAAAUCUGGCAAGGAAAAACUACGCAGAUGGAUCAACAGACAAAUGAAAAUUGAGAUGACCGAUGGACGAAUCCUUAUAGGAGUUUUUUUGUGCACUGACCGGGAUGGAAAUAUCAUACUGGGCUCUUGCAGUGAAUCCCAACAGACUGACGGCUGCUAUGAUGAACCUAGACUUCUUGGACUGGUCAUGGUUCCUGGAAGACAUGUAGUGUCUCUUCACCUCGCACCUUCAAACAACUCUGAUGGAGAAACUACAUAACUUAGUGAGAUACUGAAACAGAGUCACGCCAGUCCAAGAGGAAUCAUUAGACCAGAAAGAAUCACCUCAAGGCCUAGUGGUAAAAUCUUCAACUCUUCUUUAGAUUUUACAUGUGAAUCGGCGUCCGCGAACGUUCAAUAAUAAUUAGCCUAUAUAUCCAAGAGUGGAAUUCAUUAGAAGACGUUUCUAUCAGUGAUCAUUGUUUUCAUCAGUGUUUCGGUUACAUUGUGUUCAUAAAAGUGAUCUAUCAAUUCGAAUAAAUCAUUUAGAACUUGAUAAAUUAUAAUCUGCAUAAUUUGAAACACCCCAGUGUAGGAGAAAAUAUUAGGUUAAUAAGUUCAAGCCUGACAGCUUCAAUAUCUGGGAAAUUUAUCAUUGAAUUGUGUUAGCUCGAAUGUGAUUAUAGUUUAGAUUGUGGUAUUAUUCAUUAAUUGUAAUUGAAAAAAUUGAAGAAAUACCAGCUCAUGUUAUACAGUUCAAUUGAAUUUUAUUGUAGAUUGAUUCUUUAUCACAAAUGACAAUGUAUUGCCAGGUCUUGCAAGACCAAUUGCAUCAAAAUUCAAACAAAUUCUACAAAUUGUAGAUAGUUAGUAAUGUCUGAGUCUUGGACUCAUGGUAUAGGCCUACUUAUGAACUUGUUGCAAUAAUCUUGUGACAAAAGGGGGAUUCAUUUCUUAAAUACUUACACUAUUUCAGUUUAAAAGUGUUGCUAAUAAUGAAAAACGUUAUUAGUAGGCUAUAGUUCAUAAUAAUACUAAAAAAAAAAAAAAAAUUAAAUUCGUAUGGCUUUUGUUGGUGGGGAGUUCCCUUUCGGGAAUGUUCCACCGCCUGAAUAUAUAAUUUAAGCCGUCAAUGGGCCUUACGACUGUCAUACUUCAGCCGGGACCGACAGUUUAACGUGCCCAUCCGAUAAUAAUACUCAUCGGAACAGACACACUACAUCACUGUUAGUGAUUAUUAGUUUUCAAUAUUUGUGAUUAUUAGUUUUCAAUAAGUCAAGAAUAUUCAAAUUUUAGUCACAUUUCUUGUUUAGUCAACCCUAGAAUCCAUUAUGAACCGACAUCAAUGUAACUUUUGCCCUUCAAGUUACCGAAACUUGAGAGAUCUGAAAACGCACGAGAAGAACAAACAUGGAGUAAGUAAAAAGUUCAAAUGUAGCCAGUGUAAUGCCCAAUCAAAUUACAUAAGGAAUAUGCAUCGUCAUGAACGAUUGAAGCAUAACAUUGUUCAUGAUAAAUCCAGUGUUGUAAAGUCGAAGGGAAAUGUGAAAUUCACCCUGGUAAAGUGUCAUUUAUGUACCACUUGUAUCAGGGUGACAAAACUUGUAGAUCAUUACAAGAGUGAACAUUCGUUGGAUGUUGAAAUUGAUGAGAGAGAGUUUACGAAUUAUGAGGAAUUUAAAUCGUGGAAAUUUGAUGAAGAAGAGGGGACACAAUCUAAGUUUAUCAAAAGUACUUCAACUGUGAGUUACAAAAGAUGUAGCGGGGAGAGUGUUUCCUAUGAGUAUUUCUCUUGUCAACAUAGUGGAACCUAUGUCCCUAAGGGAAAAGGGGUGCGGAAACGGGGUACCAAAAAAAUCGGCAUGAUUUGUCCCGCCGAAAUGAAACUCACAAUCGGGAGUGAUGGUGUGUGUCAAGUUAGGUAUGUUAAAACCCACGUUGGCCACACUAGUACCAACCCACAAAACCUAGAAAUCCCGGCCGAUAUCAUCAACAAUUGUACCCCUGUUGAAGAAACACAAGAGUUCCCUGAAUUUGAACUCCAAGCAUCUCACACUCUAGAUUUGAGGGACAGCUCAGUUAUAGUGAUAGUGGAGCCUUAUCAAGAGAACGCCAUUAUUCUUAAUAAUUCCUCCAUCUCACUUCAACAGAAGAGAGAUGAGUUGGUGAGCCAGUUUCAAGUCAUGUUGGAUUCUGUGAAAUCCAUUGAGGAAUUGAUGUUCAUUGAGGGGGAAUGUCUGCGGAUACAAUCUCAACUGUCAGUUACAGCUUUUGAUUGAGAAAUUGAAUUUUGCGAAUUUUUUAACCAGUUUUGAUCAAUAGAAUUACAGUACUAAUAAUCCUUAUUACAAUGGAACCUCGAUAGAGUACAUCUGUACUGUGUAAAUGUCUGUGUUACAGACAGUAAUGUCUCAGUUUCAUCUUUUGAUUGAAUUUUGUGAAUUUUCAACCGGUUUUGAUCAAUAGAAUUACAGAACUAAUAAUCCUUAUUACAAUGGAACCUCGAUAGAGUACAUCUGUACUGUGUAAAUGUCUGUGUUACAGACAGUAAUGUCUCAGUUUCAUCUUUUGAUUGGAUUUUGUGAAUUUUCAACCUGUUUUGAUCAAUAGAAUUACAGAACUAAUAAUCCUUAUUACAAUGGAAUCUCGAUAGAGUACAUCUGAACGGUGUAAAUGUCUGUGUUACAGACAGUAAUGUCUCAGUUUCAUCUUUUGAUUGAAUUUUGUGAAUUUUCAACCUGUUUUGAUCAAUAGAAUUACAGAACUAAUAAUCCUUAUUACAAUGGAACCACGAUAGAGUACAUCUGAACGGUGUAAAUGUCUGUGUUUACAGUCUCAACUCUCAGUUAAAUAAAAUUUGUUGAAUGAGAAUUGAUAUUGUGGGAUUUUUCCAUAAUUGAAAGAACACAGUUUUAUUUUGUCACAUCCAAAUUAAUUAGACAUUAAUACAGGACUACAUUUACGUGUCGAAACCAACACAUCUUCAGCUGAAGAUGUGUUGGUUUCAACACGAAACUGCAGUUCUGUCUAAAGCUGCGUACACAUAUUCGCUCUUCCAACCCGCACCGAUCACGCUCCUC